AUGCAUGAAGAAUUAAGCAAACUUUUGGAAGAAAAGACUAUUAAACAAGAUAAUUUAAGAGAUAGCCUACAUGAUAUAACAUUACAGAAGAAUGCAUUUGAAGGCUAUAUUAUCAUGAAGUAA